GUCAUGUGCGGUCAUGUGUAUACAAAGGCCGCGAAAGUGGUAAAGUGGAUGCCCUUCGGGUGAAUUUCUAUCUGUUUUAAUUUUUUUUUUAGUUUGAAUGGCGGUAUAUAAAGCAAGGUUAAAAGAAUUCGACGAUGUGUUGGAACUUGAAGAAAUUAACGUGAAGGUUCUCAGGAAACUGUGUUUUAAUGGCAUUCCAUAUGAACGAGGCAGAAGAGCGCUGUGUUGGAAACUGCUUCUGAAUUAUCUCCCUUUGGCUCGAGCAUCAUGGAGUGAGACACUUAUGAGGAAAAGGGAGCUCUACAGGCAGUUCAUAGAAGAGAUGAUAGUGAUGCCAGGAGAAACACACAUCGAUGGCAGUCGAGUCGAUGUGACAUUUGCAGAUCAUCCUUUAAACUCAAACCCAGACAGCCAGUGGCAGACAUUCUUCAAAGACAAUGAAGUGCUUUUACAGAUAGAUAAAGACGUCAGACGUCUGUGUCCUGACAUAUCGUUCUUUCAACAAGCGACUGACUUCCCAUGCCAGCAGGUGGUGCACAGUAGAGGCAUUAAACGCCUGCACAGACGAGUGCAACAUACUGUCCUGAAGUCCGCUAAUGUUGAGCGGAAGGGUCUGGGUGUUACAAAGCAGCAGAUAGCUCUCUCAGUGAAGAAGGCCCCUGAAGACUAUGCACCGAUGUCAGAGGGAAUGGAGGCGCACUGGGAAGUGGUGGAGAGAAUUUUGUUCCUGUAUGCAAAGCUGAACCCUGGGCAAGGAUAUGUUCAGGGAAUGAACGAAAUCGUUGGUCCCAUUUAUUACACCUUUGCCUGCGACCCUGAUCUUGACUGGCGAGAACACGCAGAAGCUGAUUGUUUCUUUUGUUUCACAAAUCUGAUGGGAGAGAUAAGAGACUUCUUUAUCAAAUCUCUGGAUGAGGCAGAGUGCGGAAUAAAUGGAAUGAUGGCGAAAGUGGGGGAAGAACUGAAGAAUAAUGACAUUGAGGUCUGGUUUCAGCUGCAGCAACAGGAGCUCUGCCCACAGUACUACAGCUUCAGGUGGUUGACUUUACUGUUAUCACAAGAGUUUCCACUGCCUGACGUGCUUCGCAUCUGGGAUUCUCUCUUUGCUGAUGAAAAUCGUUUUGGUUUUCUCAUUCAUAUCUGCUGUUCCAUGAUCAUGUUGCUUAGAAAUCAACUUCUUAGUGGAGAUUUUCCUGCCAAUGUCAAACUCCUGCAGAAUUUUCCGUCCAUAGACAUCCAGGUGGUGCUCUCUAAGGCUGCAGAUUUGGCUGGUCUUGGCUAAGUUGCAGUGUUUGAAAUCUCACUGAAACCUUGAAAAGGGCUGGACAAAAAUGGCUGCAAUUCUGGCUUGAAACAUUUGCUAUCUGAAGCAAACCAAUGAAAAGUGAUAAUUAUUGAAGUUACAACUUUUUUUUUUUUAAUAUGUGUAUUUCAGUUGAAUUAUCUAGUGCAUAUUUUGUUACACAAAGACAUGCAACCUUCGUGAGAAGUAACGUCUCUUGCGUUUGUCUCUAUAAUGUCUUGUUCAUUGUUUUGAUCUAAAGCAGCAGUCAUGAUUUCAUCAAAGGUUCUUUCAUAUUAGACAAAUACUCAAAAAAUGCCACUUCUUUGAAUAUUGUCUUUCUACAAGCUUGUGUUUGCUGCAGGGCAGUAUACAGAUCUGUCCCUCUUUUUUGUCAUAAAUAUUGGAGACUAAUGUCAACAGGUGAACUAAUUCAGUUGUUAAAAAGAUUUCUAAACCUUGAUGUUAGUGGGAAGUUAAUUCAAAAUCAACUCAUAAAAUUAGAAAUUCUGAAGGAGAAAGAAGAAAAAGAAUUCAGCGCUUUUGUUGGUGAAAUCUAACCUAAUAAAUGGCUACACUGUAACAGGCAGAAAUGAACUGUUGUGAAUGCUGACUUUUCAGCAGUGCCUACUUGCAAAGGAAUUACACUAGAAAAAAAAGUAAUGCUAACAACGCUCAUUUCCGGUUGAAGUGGUGUGUGAUGCAUGAUGUAUGCAUUCAGUACUGUUUUGAGAAGAGCUAUUGAAGGAAAGGCUGGACAGUGCAAGCAGCAUGCACAGAGGUGAUGUGGCAAGGUUUAUAUUUUAAGAUCUAUUUCAUUUACUCUUGGAUUCCUUUGUAGUAUAAUUGUCUGGUUGGUGUUGCUGGAUGGUUGAGAAUUGUUUAUUCAUUCAUUGCAAUUCAAAGAAUUGCAGUAUUAUUUGAGGAACUGAGUAUUUUGUUACCAGAGAAAGUUCGCAGAUUGUUUUCUAUCUUUCUGUUGACAUUAUACAUAAUUAUUUCUGUUUAAUUCAGAGCUGAAAGGUUAAUAUUGAAUGGCUGUUUUGCCAUGACUGUGAUCUCUUGUCCAUCUCCUUGGUGAAUUUACUGCUUAUAAUGAAAUAUCUUUCUUUGCUCAGUGGAGUGUUUUGAUAGUGAGUUGUCAGGUAUGUCGCGAGAUUAACAAAUUUACGUGAGUCUCGGAUUUAGCGGAUCUUUAUUGGACGCACGCCCGCCCCCCCCCCCCCUACAAUUUUUAUCGCUUGCAAUAUCUCUUGACUUCUGGCCCAAUACUCCAAUACGACGUCUCAACUAUCUUUGGCCGUGGUUGGAUCUCAACUGUCUUCGGCGACAGCUAUCCCAAUACUGACUUCUUGCUGUCUUCUUCUAUAUCGUAUGGCAUUUAGGUUCCAGCUUAUGUAGAUGUUUUGCGAAUUUGAUACCAGAGAUCAUUCCUCACGGUUUUGUUUCUGCUGUCUGCUCUUACAUAACGGGUCUUCUGCGAAGAAAAGCCAAUUAUCCAGAUAGGUGACAAUGGUGAUGUUGAAUCACCGAUAAAGAUGUCGGGCGACGGCAACACUGGCGUGCUGCAUAAUGGAGGGCGCCAGCGGAUGCCCCAUUGGAAGUCUGGUCCACAAACAAAGUAAUUGUGAUGGGCUCCGUGGUGCACUCUCAGUUGAACCAGAUCAAACCUCGCAGAGCUGCAGCUGUCUCCACCCAAGCAAUAGGUUUUUCAUAGAUGUAGUGUUGUACAAAGGCCUGUGGAGGUGGUCCCACUGCUAGAGCCGCUGAAGAUCUGGGUGUAGCGUCGGUGUAUAGCUGUCUGGACCGAAGCGGUGGCUGUAGGCAUCAUUCAGUUUGUAGUACUCCUUUGGUAAGCAGCAAGGACAGCCAAGUGAUGUUUCUCUGAAAAAUCAGUUGAGCCAGAAACUGGGGCCAAGCCAUUGUCCAGGUCAGCCAUGAUAGAUAACCCGAGAUCCUGGCGUGAGGCUCUUGGAACUAUCUGGAUCAAAUAUUGCAAGUGCGUGAGGCAUCAUGGAGUUGGCUGGAUAGUUCCUCCUACAGAGUUAAUGCGCAAACCUAGGUAUGCAAUAUCUGGAGUGGGCUGAGUGAUGGAUUUUUCUUUGUUGCUUGUGAAGCCUAGGUCUUGUAGUUCCACCAAAAUGGCUGUGACUGGAAGAUGAUUAUCUGCAAAGAAAAGCCAAUCAUCCAGAUAGGUGACCAUGGUGAUGUUGAAUCGCCGAUGAAGAUGUCUGGCAACAGCAACACUGGCGCGCUGCAUAAUGGAAGUCUGGUCCAUGCGUAUCGAUUACCGUUGUAAUAAAGUCCAUAAUUAUGUUGAGUUUGGGGUGAUAUCUUGAAGUGAUAAAAGCCACUUUUAAGGUCCAGCUUUAUCAUUUUGGCUCCCGGCGGAAUUGUGGACAACACCUGUGCAGCUGAAUAAAGUGUGAUAGGAGGCUUCAAUUCGAUCCGGUUAAUCCAAACUGAUCCCACUUCUGACACCAGUUGUCACGUGUCGGGUAUGUCAGACAGGUAACUUUACGUGGGUCUCUGAUUUAGCGAAUCUUUAUUGGACACUAACACUUAUAAUUAUUAUCGCUUGCAAUGUCACUUUACUUCUGUUCCAGUACUCCAAUGCAACGUCUCAGCUAUCCUUCGCCGUGGUUGGAUCUCAACUGUCUGUCGCAACGGCUAUCCCAAUACUGACUUCCUCCAGUGUUCUUGACAAACAGCAAGUCUGUGAGUGCCUGCAGGUGUAGCGUUGAACCAGAGCUUAGUAUCGUCAGCAAACCAGAUUUCAUACACAUCGGCGCUGGCUCUACUCUCUCUCUGUCCGGAAUAUUAGGUAUGCCAGGCCUGGUCAGGAUGAACCUGGUGCUGGCAUAGUGACCCAGCAUGUGGACAGCCUGAACUAUAUUCAGUGGUAAGGGAGUGCCAUACUUCAGAAGUACUUUUUGGACAUACCCAGUGGCUGUGUUACGGUCCCCGGUCUGCCCAACAUGAUGGUUCAUCAGCCAGAAGUUUACUUUUGUAGCACAUAUCACAGUAUUUGUGAUACUGAGAGUAUCUCUGUCGGUUCUUUCUAAGACGCUAUUCCUUGACUCUGACAUUUGGUAGGAUGUAUUGGAUUUUAUCCAAUCCCCGUCUGGGGCCCCAUUUCUUGUCCGUAGCAUUCCGCAACCGACAAUUGUGGCCAUGCCCGCCACAAACAAGAGAUUGGUUCUAUCGUCGUCGAAGUUCCUAGACAUAGCCCAUGCAACAGCACUGUUGUACACUUUCUAGUGGUCUUCCCAUGCACUGGUAAUUUAUCGUUCUCUGGUAGUGUAGGGUCAACCCCCCGCAGCAGUGCCUACCUCCAAGUAUCCAUCCAAUUUGGGAAGGUCUAUAAGAGUCCCACUCUAUGAACCAGAGCUAGAAGGUCGAUCCAUUUUAUAGGAUCAACCUGCAAUUUAAAACCAAAUUUUCUUUGAAUUACUUUGUCUGAACCUGAGUUGGGUGAACACUUUCUCCACUUGUUUUUCCACGAAUAAGGAUUUGGGUUAAGAUGUUUCUCCAUGUUACAUCAAAGUCUGGUGCACUCUCAGUCUUGGUUGGUGCAAAAUGUGGACUGCCACAAAGUGUGGACUUAGGUGCCCAACCUGCCAGUGAAGUUAUCAAAGAUAUUUUCUGUAAAGGCGUUAUCCUUGCUCCCUGUCAGGUAAAAGGCACCCACGUGGAACCUGGAUGGGUUUUUCAUGAUGCUAGAUUUCCACUUGGGCAGAAGCGUGAAAUCUGAAAUGUCUGGGCAGAAGUGUGCAAACUGACCAGGGCCCUUAUUGAGCAGGUGCCAGUUGUGCAGCUACUCAAGAAUUUCCCAACAUUUUAUGGAACCCA